CAUGCGCCCCUGCGUCCCGUAUCUGUUUCCGCCGCUCGCCGGCGCCAUGUCGGUUUUCCACGAUGAGGUGGAGAUUGAGGACUUCGAGUACGACGAGGAGACCGAGACUUACAGCUACCCCUGCCCUUGCGGAGACCGCUUCCUCAUCACGCGGGGGGACCUGGAGAAUGGCGAGGACGUGGCCACCUGCCCUAGCUGCUCUCUCAUCCUGCGCGUCAUUUACGACCAGGAACAGUUCAUGCGUGAUGAAGUUGUUGCUGAACCUUUGGCAAACAAGGAAUUGAUUAAGUGCUGAUGAAUCCAUCAUGAACUAUUGCUGCUAUGGAAUAAGAAGGUGUGGGGAUGGCAACUGUGGAAAGAAAAGCUCCUGGAAGCGCUCGCUGCUGUGAGAUAAAAGUGCAAUAACUGGCUGUCUUCGUAAUUUGAGUGAGAAUUUGCUGGGACAUCAACACGUUGAAUGGGUUUUGUUCAGAAGGGUUAUACAUUUUAAAAAUUGUCUAGGUUGCCAUAUGUAUUCCAGAAGACUUGGGGAGUAUGAUCCUAACAGACAGGAAGUCAGUAUAUAGACUUGUGUCGAGUUGUGAAAUUGUUUAUCUAGCGAUGGCUUCUUAGCCUAUGGAGAAAAGCAGGCCAUGUGUGGGUGUGUAGCAGGGUGAAUUGGCAUAGGGAGCUGAAAUGUGGGGAGACAAAAUUUAGAAGUGCCAUGAUGCCAUACAGAAUUACAGCUUUGACAAGCGUGGUAUCACCUAGGACGUGGGCUCGCGUACUUCCCGCCUAUGCUGAAUAUGGGGAAAAAUAGGAGACCCGGAACUGACGCUCUACUACUGUAAGCACAAAGAAGAUGCAGUUGUAUUUGUAUCUGCAGUGGGUGCAACACAUGACUUGGGACAAAUUUGUUUCUUAAAUUGCAGUUGCAUUGAAACAGCUUUGGUAGGUGUUACCAAAUGACUCUCUGACAUAAUAAUGAUGUAUUUUUGUGGGUGUUGUGUGAAAUGAAACAAAAGGAGUCAGACUUUUUUUACCCCUGCAAAGCUAGUAAUGUACAAAUGGACUUGAACUUGGAAGUGGAAUGUAAUUUACCCAUAUUUUGUGAUUUGACUGUUGCAGCAACUAUAAAAUGGGCUGCAGUUCUUUGUGCCGUUUGCAGUAGUAUAUUUGCUGAAUUUCUCAGUCUUCGUUCGUUAGGUUCUGUCACUUCCUGGAUAGAUGCGCACAUUUCACUUAAAUAAUAAAAAUGAAUUUUUUAGGGUAGAAAAGAGUUGGAAGAGUGUACUCCAAAGUACAUUGAUUCCAAGACUACUUCUUGUAUUACAAACCACUGCAUUUAAAUAUUUAUUUAAAAAUUAUGGUCAUUUGUGUGCUUUAGUAGGAUUUCACAUCUGUGAAGUUAAAUUUUGGGGAAAAUACUUGUGUGGCAUUUAUUUUGCUCCAGGCACUAAAGACAAGUAAGUCUUACUGAAUUCUUGCGUUCAACUGUUUUUGUUCUUGCAACGUUCUGUGAAUGUUGAAGAUGAACAUUCUAAUUAUUUUUCUCAAAAAAAAAAAAAAAAAAGGGUGGGGGGAAACCCACACCCUUCAGUUAGAAGUUUUGAAUGCAAGAUGCACAACCCAAAGUGUUUUCAUGCCUAAACCAGAAGGUGGCACUCAUGUUACUUGGAUAAUCUGCUUCAAAAUAAUGCUGCAGUACUUUGAUUAGCUAAAUCUUAUCAAAUAUUUAUUUUGACUAUUUAAAUAAAGCUAUUUAAAACUGCA